UAGAAUACAUUCUCCUUUUUUAAUCUCAAGGCUUCAUUCAAAGUCUCCUCCUUGCGUCAGUUUUGUAACAAAAGCCAUCUUUAUUGUCCCUUUAUUUUCCAUGAUGAGAAAAGAGAUAAAAAAGGAUGAGAGCAUUGAUGGAAAGUUGAAAGAGAGAAAAGUAAAAGCAUACCUUUCUUGAAUCUUGACCCUUCAUUCAUAAAACAUCAAAACACUCUCCUCCACCCCUCACCCCCCUCACACACACACACAUACAAAAAGGUCCAAUCUUUACUUGUAUUUCUCCAUCUCUCUCUCUUUCUAUCUCUAUCUCUUUAUAUCUCUCUCUGUUGCUGUUGUUCACUAUUAAAUAGGAGUGAGUUAUAGAGAUUGAAUGAGAGCAGUGAUAAUUCACUGAACUCUAGCGACAUGUGUGUGAUUUCAGAAGAAACGAUCACCCAGUUUGAAACAGCUUUAAUGGAGCAAGUAGUUGAUGAAGCACUCAAAACUACUUUUCAGAAUAUUCAUCAAGGCUGUCCAAGGGACACAUAUAUGCGCUUCCUAAUGGCAAGAGAGGGCAAUGUUGAAAAGGCCCAUAAAAUGUUGGUUGAUUCUUUGACGUGGAGGGUCCAAAGUGAGAUAGAUGAUAUUUUAGCGAAGCCCAUCGUUCCUAUUGAGCUUUAUAGAGCAAUUCGUGACUCUCAGCUAAUAGGGAUGUCAGGUUACACGAGAGAGGGCCUUCCGGUAUUCGCUUUUGGUGCAGGUCUCAGCACAUAUGACAAAGCAUCUGUAAGGGUCAUUGAGAUUCUUAUCUUCCCUCAAGUCUAUAAGAUUUCAUGUGCAUUUACUUGUUCAUGAACUUGUUGUCGAGAUUCGAGUCGGGUGUUUGAUUUGUGGAUAAUGGAGGUGUACUCAUUGGAUUAGUUUCAGAUUAUAGAUCCUUUAUUGGCUGCAUUUUU